GCUUUACUUAAAACUAAAAGGUACAGCUAUACACCACAAGGACUCCCGAUUAGAUAUAUUCCCGAGAAAAUAAGAACUUUCCUUUAAACCCCACUUGCAUAUUGUAGUUCGUCAGCUCAAACCCCAAAGUCUGCCACCGCACCAAGAGAGAACUCGAAGAGCUGUGGCUCUGUAUCUGAAGCUGCUUUGAAGAUACAGAGAGUGUUGCAGAAGUUUUGUUGAUACUUUUCUUCUCUGAUAUUGAAACUCCAUAACUUUAUGCUGUCAAGAAUUGCAUGCAGCGCUAGCACAAGCAGUUUUGAUAUACCAGCCGUCUGACUUCGUCAACAUCGUUGUUGACUGUUGAUUCGUUUGUGGUGGAGUUGAUCGCACGAAAGGAUUUGAGGAGAUGAAGGGGGAGGAGCAAGCGAGGUCUCUGUUUGGGAUUUCUCUCUCGGAUCGACCCAAAUGGCAGCAAUUUCUCAUUUGCUCUUCUGGGUUCUUCUUUGGCUAUCUUAUUAAUGGCAUUUGCGAGGAAUAUGUGUAUAAUCGCCUCAAAUUCAGCUAUGGUUGGUAUUUCACAUUUAUACAAGGAUUUGUGUAUCUGGCACUCAUAUACCUUCAAGGCUUCACCACCAAACAAAUGUCUAACCCCUGGAAAACCUAUGUGAAGCUCUCUGCUGUUCUUAUGGGAUCUCAUGGAUUGACCAAGGGAUCCUUGGCUUUCCUGAAUUACCCAGCACAGCUGAUGUUUAAAUCCACAAAGGUACUACCAGUCAUGAUUAUGGGUGCCUUCAUUCCUGGCUUGAGAAGGAAAUAUCCAUUUCAUGAGUACGUCUCAGCAGUACUCCUAGUAGUGGGACUGAUCCUUUUCACCUUAGCAGAUGCGCAAACAUCUCCUAAUUUCAGUUCAAUUGGUGUUUUAAUGAUAUCGGGCGCUCUAGUCAUGGAUUCCUUCCUGGGUAAUUUGCAAGAGGCUAUCUUUACCAUGAAUCCAGAAACCACACAGAUGGAGAUGUUGUUCUGCUCAACAGUGGUGGGGUUUCCCUUCUUACUUGUACCCAUGAUUCUAACAGGAGAGCUGUUCAAGGCAUGGAAUUCUUGUUUACAGCAUCCAUAUGUGUAUGGGGUGUUGGUGUUUGAAGCGAUGGCAACCUUUGUUGGUCAAGUGUCGGUUUUAUCCCUAAUCGCCAUGUUUGGUGCUGCAACAACUGCUAUGAUAACUACUGCAAGGAAGGCUGUCACAUUGUUGCUGUCAUACAUGAUAUUCACAAAACCAUUAACGGAACAGCAUGGGACAGGGCUGCUGCUCAUAGCCAUGGGAAUCAUACUGAAAAUGUUGCCUGAUACCCAAGCCCCGAAAAGGCCGACCUCAAGCACUGCAAAGCCUUCUUCCAAAGGAGAGAGGGCCCUUGUAGAGAAGAUGAGAGAUGAAGGUGAAGAGAAACAGCCCUUGGUCUGAAAAAUCAGAGCGUAGCUUGGCUGCCAUUUGCUUUCAUUAUUUUGUUAUUAUUUUUCCUUGUUAGUUACACCUAGUUGAAGAAUAGGAAAAAGAGUAAUACAUUUGUUAUAUUUAGGUUUUUCAUGUAAAUUUCUCUGGGGAAAAUGGAGGAACAACUUUCCUCGAAAUUAGAGCAUAGUUUCAUUUCCUAUUGUAGCAGAUAGACUGAUAAGGAUUUGUUAAAUGGUUCAGGGAUGGGAUACUUUCUCUGGAGUCUGAUCAUCAGAUGAUGGAAUCAAUUUCAUCACAGAUGUGUAUGUGCAAGUUGGAAGGGUGUGGUUAUUGUCUUGGUAUCCACACUUCAUGGUUUCACA